GCUGGCAGCCAAUGACAGCUGUCUCUUACAAGAAGAUUUUCAGACAAAACCACACGAACAAUAAUACUGAACAAAGUGCAGAAGAUUCGCCUGGAGAUGCAAAAUAAACUAAAAUACGAAGUACCCACAUAUCACAACUGGUCGCAGCUUGCAAAGUUUUAUCACCCAUUACAAGCUGGAAGUAUAGACGGCACCGACACGUAUCCACAUGAUAAAGCAAUAUGGAGGGCAUUAUUUGCUAAAUAUAAACCAAACAAAAGAGUUGAAGGAAAUCCAGACUGUACCCUAUUUGUCGGCAGAUUGAACAGAGAUACUACAGAAGCAACUUUGAUUAGAUGUUUUUCAAAAUAUGGCAAUGUCAAAAGAUGCAGGCUUGUGAGAGAUGUUGUUACUGGACUCUCGAGGGGAUAUGCCUUUGUUGAGUAUGAAAAUGAACGAGAUGUUAAGAUUGCAUAUAGAGAAAUGUACCAAACAGAUAUUGAUGGACAUGAAAUUCUAGUUGACUAUGAGCUUGAAAGAAUGCUUAAAGGAUGGAUACCAAGGAGAUUGGGUGGUGGUCUUGGUGGGAAAAAAGAAUCAGGACAGUUAAGAUUUGGAGGCAGGGAUAGGCCUUUUAGACGACCAUUACCGGUCGAAGUACUGGGACAAGGACAUAUUGGCAGUAAUCAUGACAGAGAUCAGAACAGAGAAAACAAUCGCCCCAGAAGUUUUAACCGGGAUAGCCGUGAUUACCGCCGUGACAAUCGUGACAACCACCGUGACAGUCGUGACUACCAACGUGACAGUCGUGAUUACAAUCGUGACAGUCGAGAUCACAGUCGUGACUACGAUCGUGAUAGUCGGGAUUCUAACCGUAACAGUCGAGAUGACAGUCGUGAUCGUGAUUACAGUCGAGAUCGGAGCGGUAGUCGUAGUUUUGAUCGUGAAAAGGAUAGCUACAGAGAUGAAAGACCAAAGGAGGCUGAAGAUGAAGUUGAUCGAAAACGACGAUCCGACACCUCUCGAGAUCGUCGUGGAAGCAAACAUGAACGGGAUAGGAAUGAGAAAGAUCGACAUAAAGAAAGGCGAGAUCACAGCCGUCACGAUUCUCAUCGAGCAAAAGGGGAUUCGAGUAGAAAAGACAGAAAAUAGAGCCGAAACCUUACAAUUAGUUAAUGUGGUUUCCAGACUAUUGCUAUUUACGUCUCUUAAAUUAAUUUUAUAUUCAAAUUCCUAAUAAAAUAUUCAAUUUUAA